CAACGAUUGGUCGUGGUUGUGUACGACGGAGGGGCUAGUGAAAUUAAGGAGACUGCAAGUGUCCCAACACUUACAAUGAAAACCUUGCUUGUGCAAGAGAACUAGAGGGUGACUGGAGCAAGACGCACAAUGUCCCAACCGAUUUGGAAGUAGCACUCGCAACAGCCUGUAGACUGCGAUCUUCUUAGUCCUGACUUAAAUAUCAUCUUGCAAUUGAAAGUCGUUUCGGGGCUUUUUGUGCUGCCGAGAAUAGUUUUGAGCACUCGCAUCAUGGAGUACACCUCUUCCCCAAAGCCUCAGCUCUCUUCGAGGGCGAAUGCUUUCUCCAUAGCCGCACUCAUGUCAAGUGGGAAAUCGAAGGACAAGGAGUCGGAGGAAAAUACCAUCAAGCCGCUGGAACAAUUCGUGGAGAAGUCGUCGUGCCAUCCAAACCUCUCCGACCUGCCUUCGCUGGAAACCCACGGCGACUUCAGCAGCAGCAGCAGCAGCAGCGGCGGCGGCUGCAGCGGCGCUCCGUUAUGUACCGAGCCGCUCAUUCCUACGACCCCCGGCGUGCCCAGCGAGGAGAUGGCCAAGAUUUCCUGCAGCCUAGAAACGAAAGAACUGUGGGACAAGUUCCAUGAACUCGGCACGGAAAUGAUCAUCACAAAAUCCGGAAGACGAAUGUUUCCGACAAUUCGUGUGUCAUUUUCCGGAGUGGAUCCGGACGCCAAAUAUAUCGUACUAAUGGACAUCGUUCCGGUGGACAAUAAGAGAUAUCGAUACGCCUAUCAUAGAUCCUCAUGGCUUGUGGCGGGAAAGGCAGAUCCACCUUUACCUGCUAGGUUGUACGUGCAUCCAGAUUCGCCGUUUACGGGAGAACAGUUAUUGAAACAAAUGGUUUCUUUCGAAAAAGUGAAGCUUACAAACAACGAACUGGACCAGCACGGACACAUCAUCCUGAACUCCAUGCACAAGUACCAACCCCGAGUUCAUAUCAUCAAGAAGAAAGAUCACACAGCGUCACUUCUUAAUCUAAAGUCUGAGGAGUUUCGUACAUUUGUCUUCACUGAGACAGUUUUCACUGCAGUCACUGCUUACCAGAACCAGCUGAUAACCAAACUGAAGAUUGACAGCAACCCUUUUGCCAAAGGCUUCAGAGACUCCUCCAGACUCACGGAUAUUGAGAGUAGGGAAAGUGUUGAGAGCUUGAUCCACAAGCACUCUUACGCCCGGUCGCCCAUUCGGACUUAUGCUGGUGAUGAGGAAACCUUGGGUGAAGAUGGCCACUCAGCACACAGUAGAGGUUCAGCAUUCACCGCAUCGGACAACCUCUCCCUCAGCUCCUGGGUCACCACCACAUCUGGCUUCUCCGGCUUUCAGCAUCCUCAGUCUCUGUCUGCCAUCGGAACCAGCACAGCGUCCCUGGCCAGUCCUCUUCCCCACCCCAUCCAGGGCUCUCUACCCCCUUACAGUCGUCUAGGCAUGCCUCUCACCCCAUCUGCCCUGGCCGGCUCCAUGCAGGGCAGCGGGCCGACCUUCCCCUCCUUCCACAUGCCACGCUACCACCACUAUUUCCAGCAAGGGCCCUACGCCGCCAUCCAGGGACUGCGCCAUUCUUCCACAGUCAUGACCCCGUUUGUAUGAUUCCUGCCACUUCAGGAAUGAUAAGAUUUCCCUAUCACCGGCAUGCGAAGACAUACGGCACCCAUACACAUGCUUACACGAAAGGAAGAACCACAUGUAAAUAACAUUGACUAACGACCCGGACGUGCUGCUUCGUGCAGUUGUGCUGGAGAAAAAGCGAACGGACACGGAUUCUUGUAAAACAGAACUUCAAGCAUGAGUUUUUAGUGUUGAUAAGAGACUCAGAGAUCCGUCUUCAUCUGCAGAUGUGUUAAUGCUACCUUUAAAGGGAUAGUUCAUCUUAAAAAAUGAAAAUUCUGACAUUAUUUAAUCACCCUCAUGUUCCAUGAGUGUUCCAAACCUGUAUGUGUUUCCUUCUUCAAAGGAACAUGAAAGAAGAUAUUUUGAAGAUUGAUACCCAAAUAGUCUGGUCUAUAUAAUGAAAAAAACUGAACUGAACUGAACUGAAACUGUUUUGGUUAUCAACAUUUUUCAAACUAUCUUCUUUUGUGUUCUAGAAGUAAAUAUCUUCUUUCGUGUACUAAAUUCAUCGAAAUUUCUUCGUUCGCGUUCUAGAAGUAAAUGGGAACUGAAAGUGUUUAGGCGCCAAGUUUCGUCAAAAUAUCUUUGUUUGUGUUCUAGAAGUGAACAGGAACCGAAAGAGUUUAGGUGCCAAAUGUCGUCAAAAUUAUCUUCUUUUGUGUUCUAAAAGUAAAUGGGAACCGAAGGUGUUUAAGCACCAAAUUUGGUCAAAAUAUCUUUGUUCAUGUCUUAGAAUUGAACGGGAACCCAAAGCAUUUAGGUGCCAAAAUUCAUCAAAAUAUCUUCUUUUGUGUUCUAGAAGUGAGAACUGAAAGUGUUUAGGCGCCAAAUUUCGUCACAGUAUCUUCUUUCGUGUUCAUCUUCUAUCAUGUUCUAGAAGUAAAUGGGAUCCGAAAGAGUUUAGGUCCCAAAUGUCGUCAAAAUAUCUUCUUUUGUGUUUUAAAAGUAAAUGGGAACCAAGAGUGUUUAGGCGUCAAAUUUCGUCACAAUGUCUUUUGUGUUCAUCUUCUUUCAUGUUCUUGGAGUGAAUAGGAACCGAAAGAGUUUAGGUGCCAAAUUUCGUCAAGAUAUCUUCUUUUGUGUUCUAAAAGUAAAUGGGAACCGAGAGGGUUUAGGCGGCAAAUUUUGUCAAAAUAUAUUCUUUUGUGUUUUGCAAGUGAAUGAGAGCCAACUAUCUUCAAAAUAUUUUCUAGGAUAGAAACUCAUACAGGUUUGGAAUGACAUAAGGGUGAAUAAAUGAUGACAGAAUUUUCAUUUUUGAGUGAACUAUCUCUUUAAUCAUUCAUCUCAUGCCUUUAUUGCCACCCAGAGCCAAAUGAGAGAGAACAUAACUCACUGAACGUAACACUGGACUACUGCUGUUUCUCAUUCACCAUUCUGAUCCAUCGCCUCAUAAUGAUAUGAUACAGUAUCUGUGGAGCUGCCAACCACUCAGCCCUUGUGUUCAAAAUGUCAACACUAGAGGGCGCUGUGCUGUUUGAAAACCGCAAUACUGGAUGGAAACAGUAUACAUGUGUACAUGCUGGACAAGCUGGUUUUAUCUUUCUGGUCAGAUACGUUUAUUUUCUGUAAAAUCUGUUUAAGGCAUUUCAUUUUGUUUUAUAUUUAAAGAGACAGUUCUUCAAGGAAACGGAAGUUCUGUCAUCAUUUACUCACCCUCAUUAGUCACAAAAAAGAUAUUUUGAAGAAUGUAGGUAACCAAACAGUUUCGGAUUCCAUUGAGUUCCAUUAUAUAUUUUUUUGUCAAUGGAAGUCAAUGGGAACUUAAACUGUUUAGUCGGCCUUCAGCGAGAAAAACUAAAUCACGACAGUGUGACGAGGGUGAACUGCAACUUAUAUGAACCUGUGGACACCGUGAGGCCAUUUCUACAUGUUGGAACCACAAAAAAUGGACAGGUUGCUGUUUUGUAGCUGGCUAAUAUUUCUUUCCAGCCCCAGAAACUGAUCUGUAGCCACUCUUGUCGACAGCCAGCUUACAGGAAGUCUACACCUGUAAAUAAUGGGCUAACUUUUAAAUAAUAGGCUCGUCUUCCUCAGGGGAAUGAGGGAAAUUGGGUGAUUUGUGGCUGAAGUGUUCCUAUUUGUAUAGUCACAUCGACAACAAUUCAUCAGCAUCCUGUAACCAAAUCACAGAGAAACAGCGCUUGCUGUAAUAGCCAGAUGAAGACUGGAGUGUGUGUGUGAGAGUGUGUGUGAGGAAGUUAAUGAUUCUGCCUUUUUUAUGCAUCCUUCAAAUCUGAACAGAACAGACAAGCAUAAAUACACAAACAGAGCCACACAAAAUAUUCAGUCAGUCUGUGCAUUUCCAUGGUUCAGAUUGAAUGUGAUGUCUGAGGUAAAGCUGAUAAAAAAUGUGCCCACCAUUUCAAGCCUUUGAUUUAUGAACAGUCUAGUAUGUAUGUUGCAAUAUAUUAGCAAAUGUUUUUUCUUUAUGCCUUUUUUGUUUGUUUGUUUGUUUGUGUGUAUUUCUAAGUCAGCUGUAUCCUACUCAUAAAGAGACGUCUGACGGUUUUUGUUUUGAUGCCUUUUUUAAGUGCAAUAUAUUUAUUUCAGCUAUGAAAAAAAGAUAUGGCUAAUGUAAUAUUUGAAGCAAUGAUAGAUGUUAUUUGUAAACAAAAUGAAAUAUAUAUCACCCCAAAAUAAUGUUGUGAGAGUGUGAUUUUUACAUUUGCAUUGUUGUUAUAUGCUGCCAUCACAACUGUUGCAUUAAAUAACUACAAUACAUACAAUACACUAUUAAAAAUAAAGGCUCCAAUUUGGUGUCUUUUAUGGUUCCGUGAAGAACCUGUAACAUCAACUGAACCUUUCCAUUCCACAAAAGGUUAUUUAAAACCAUUAAAAAUAAAUAAAUAAAUAAUUAAAAAUAUCUAUCUAUCUAUAUAUAUAUGUACUAUAAACAUUAAAGUAUAAAAAUAUAUCUAUAUAUUUAAUACAAAAACUAAAAACAACUUUUCUUUUUUUGUCUUUGUCUUUUUCUUUUUUUGUUAAAUAUACUUUUUCGAGUAUUUAAAGGACCCGAUGGGCAGCCAUCAACACUGCAUGUGCAAUUAUUCAACACUCUUUAUACUCAACAGAUUGUUUUAAUGUUAACUGUUCUUCUGAAAUACCUGAAAUUCUCUUUUCAGGGAGCAGACUGUGUAUAUUUUAUAGAGAGAGAACUAUUUCUAUGUCUAUGCAUGUAUGUAUUGAUUUAUAAAAUCAAUAUGAAUUGA